AUGGCUUCAUUUCCACCCCCACCAGUUAACACCAUUGACUGGUCUAAUGUCGGUUUUCGAGUUCGCGAAGUGAACGGACACAUUGAAUCGCAUUAUUCACAGAAGACCGGAAAAUGGACUCCCCUUCAAUUCGUAACCGAUCCUUAUAUCCGCAUCCACGGCAUGGCACCCGCUCUGAACUACGGCCAACAAGCCUACGAGGGCCUCAAGGCUUUCCGCACUCCAUCGGAUGAUAUUCAGGUCUUCCGACCAGACCGUAACGCCAUUCGGAUGCAGCAUUCUGCCGAAUUCAUCUCGGUCCCUCCCGUUCCUACAGAUCUGUUCGUCGAAGCCGUUAAAGCCGCCGUUUCUCUCAAUGCCGAGUACGUCCCGCCCCAUGAGACAGGCGCUGCCAUGUAUAUCCGACCGCAAAUCUAUGGAUCCAGCGCGCAGUUGGGACUGAGCCCACCUGAAGAAUACACAUUCUGUGUUUAUGUUCUGCCGACCGGUGUGUACCAUGGCACACACCCCGUCAAUGCUCUUAUCCUAGACGAGUUCGAUCGUGCAGCUCCCAACGGAACAGGAAGCGCAAAGGUCGGAGGCAACUAUGCACCUGUGUUGAGGUGGAGCGACAAGGCAAGGACUGAGGGGUAUGGCAUUACGCUUCACCUUGAUAGCGCAACGCAUUCGGAAGUCGAUGAGUUCAGCACAAGCGGCUUCAUCGGCGCCGUCGUGAACGGGGAGGAUGUAACACUCGUGGUACCUGAUUCGAAGAACGUGAUCCAGAGUGUGACGGCGGAUAGCAUCACAGACAUUGGUCGCAGCUUUGGAUGGAAAGUAGAGAAAAGAUCCAUUAAAUACACAGAGUUGCCGAAAUUCUCCGAGGUCAUGGCUGCGGGAACUGCUGCAGCCUUGGUGCCGAUACGGUCCAUUACCAGGCGGUUUGACCCUACCUCGCCGGAAUCCAUUUCGUCUGCUGCUGGAAAGCACAGUCGUCUAUCCACAGAGGCGGGAUCAGAAAAGGUGACAUAUAUCCCCGAUGAUAAUGAAGACGCGGGUCCGAUUUGCCUAAAGCUGUUGACUCAGCUUAAGGGUAUUCAGCUCGGAAAGGUCAAGGAUGAGUUCAAUUGGUGUUUAGCCGUUGGCCGCGAAGAUGGUACAAAGGUGACUGGAGAGACGAACGGUACACAGAAGAACGCAGAGACGGUCGACCAAUUAGAUUAA